AUGGAGCAGAGCAAGCUCGUGGCCCUGCAUGACAUGCUCCAGCGCCUGCGCCCCAAGGGCAAGUCCGGCGGUCUCGGCUCGGGCGGCAGCUUUGGCUUGAAGUCGCACGGUCCGCGCGACGACGGUCUGCCCAACAACGGUCUCUACUCGAUGUUUGUCCGCGAAGGCCAUGGCGGCUACGCCCACAAGCACUUUGAGGACGACAAGGUCGACGCGUCUGACGCAGAGUCGGAGAAGAAGAAGGCCAAGAAGGAGAAGAAGGCCAAGAAGGAGAAGAAAUCCAAGAAGCGCAAGCAGCAAGAAGACGUUGAAGACGUCGAAGAAGAGGAAGAGGAGGUCAAGCCCAAGAAAUCCAAGAAGACCAAGAAAGCCAAGGUCGAAGACGUCGUCGUUGAAGAGGUCGUCGUCGAAGAGGAAGAGGAGGUCAAGCCCAAGAAAUCCAAGAAGGCCAAGAAAGCCAAGGUCGAAGACGUCGUCGUUGAAGAAGACGUUGAAGACGACGUUGUUGUCGAGGAGAGCCCGAAGAAGAAGUCCAAGAAGGCCAAGAAAGCUAAGGUCGAGGAAGCGGUCGACGAAGACGUCAAGCCCAAGAAGGCCAAGAAGGCCAAGAAGAGCGCAUAG